UUCAGGACAAACUUAAUGAAGACCCUGAAGAAUCAGACAGGUUCCUAUUGGUUAUUUACAGCGCUCAACACAACAGCAGCUGCCUGCUUUGUUGACAUCGGAUUGAGCUCGUGCCGGACAGAGAUAUCCACUCAAAUGGCCUCGUGUAACAGGAAAUCAGCUUCUACGUCGAGCCAAAGGACAAAGACCGCGUCCUCCACACUCGACCUGACCGAGGAGCAGAUGCAAGAAGUUCGGGAGGCUUUCGAUCUCUUUGACACGGACGGAACCGGGACGAUAGACGUUAAAGAGCUAAAGGUCGCGAUGAGAGCUCUUGGUUUCGAACCAAAGAAAGAGGAAAUCAAGAUGGUGGUGAGUCAGUUUGUUAAAGGCGGCUCUGGAACGGUUCGUUUUGAUGAGUUUCUCAGUAUAAUGGCUCAGAAAAUGAACGACAAGGACUCCAAAGAGGAAAUACUGAAAGCUUUCCGGCUGUUUGACGACGACUGCACGGGAAAAAUCACCUUCAAAAACCUGAAGAGGGUCGCCAAGGAGCUGGGAGAAAACCUGACGGACGAUGAGCUGCAGGAAAUGAUCGAUGAAGCCGACCAAGAUGGAGACGGUGAAGUGACCGAGGAAGACUUCCUACGGGUGAUGAAGAAGACCAACCUCUACUGAACCUCCUAAAGCGUGUCGUCURAAACCGAGGCCUUCUUAAAACUGACGUUUGAUCCUUGUUCGGUCAGCGAGUUUKUUKUUUUUUUUUCCCUCCCAGGAACYGAGGCAGAGACGUUUUUAUGUACAUAUUUUUAUUGAACUGUUUUUGCGUCAAGAUUUUUCUACAAAUCUAAUAAAUAUUUUGUUACAGGUA